AUGUGUUAUUUUCCAAACUCAACUCCAACUUAUAUUUGGAAUCCAAAAGUUGGAAAUACAUCCAUUGUUGAUGUCAAUUCUAAAGGUGUUAUUUCUAAUAAUAAUUGUGCUAGAUCUGUUGUCAUUGUUCAAGAACCAGACCAAAUUGUUUUUUCAUCAUCUCAAGUAGAGGUCGAAGUUGGUAAAAAAUUAGUACUCUCAACUAAAUUAUUAUCAAAUCAUUUACCAAAUGGAGUUCAUUUCGAAUCUUGUUCAAUUAAUAAUUUAGAGUGGAAAGUUAAAGAUGAUUCCAUUUUCAAAAUUUUACCACAUGAAAAGGUUGACCAACAAAAGAUAUCAAGUGACAUAUGUUCAUCUCGUGAAUUUUUGGCUCUAAAAGAAGGUUCAACUGUUAUUUCAGUUCAAUACAAUGGAAUGAGAGAAGAAAUUCGUAUUUUUGCUUCUCCACCAGCUGAUCAAAUAGAAUUUUUAUUAAGUUUAGGUUCAUCGGCCGAGGUUUCUUUCUGUGGUGGUAAAGAGACAUGGCUUUUACAACCAAAGAUUUAUUCCAAAACUAUUUCAUCAGAUAAUAAAGAACAAAACUCACUCUCAAUCACUCCAGGUGAUAAUAAUUCAUUCAAAGUCACUUGUCAAAAACAAUCAAAUGAUCCACAAAAUAGUAUUAGCAGCCCAUUACCAGAAGCCCAUUCAAUUAAAAUUCCAUUCUUUUGCCGUCAACCAUCAUAUGUUCAUAUUCAAUUUAUAAAAUUACCAACUGAAGAAGAAGGUAAACAAAUUAUACAAUCAUCGAAUCCAAUACAUCAAGAUUCUAUUUUAUCAUUGAAAAAACAAAAACCAGGUGAAAUCAGUCGUUUAAAUAUUCAUAAUAAUAUUGAUUUACCAUUUAUUGCUAUGAAUUCUAUUGCUAAAUAUGUAAAAGGUAGUACCAAUUAUCCAAUUAUAGUUGCAGGUUCCAUCUUUAUUGCCGCCUUUGCUAUUGAUAUUCCAAACUCAACUUAUAUUUGGUCAUCAAGUAAUCCAAAAUUUGGAAAUACAUCCAUUGUUGAUGUCAAUUCUAAAGGUGUUAUUGCUAAUAAUAAUUUUGCUAGAUCUUUUGUCAAUGUUCAAGAACCAGACCAAAUUGUUUUUUCAUCAUCUCAAGUAGAGGUCGAAGUUGGUAAAAAAUUAGUACUCUCAACUAAAUUAUUAUCAAAGCAUUUACCAAAAGGAGUUCAUUUCGAAUCUUGCUCAAUUAAUAAUUUAGAAUGGAAAGUUAAAGAUGAUUCCAUUUUCAAAAUUUUACCACAUGAAAAGGUCGACCAACAAAAGAUAUCAAGUGACAUAUGUUCAUCUCGUGAAUUUUUGGCUCUAAAAGAAGGCUCAACUGUUAUUUCAGUUCAAUACAAUGGAAUGAGAGAAGAAAUUCGUAUUUUUGCUUCUCCACCAGCUGAUCAAAUAGAAUUUUUAUUAAGUUUAGGUUCAUCGGCCGAGGUUUCUUUCUGUGGUGGUAAAGAGACAUGGCUUUUACAACCAAAGAUUUAUUCCAAAUUUAUUUCAUCAGAUAAUAAAGAACAAAACUCACUCUCAAUCACUCCAGGUGAUAAUAAUUCAUUCAAAGUCACUUGUCAAAAACAAUCAAAUGAUCCACAAAAUGUUAUUGUGACUAUUAGAAACAAAAAGAGUAUUAGCAGCCCAUUACCAGAAGCCCGUUCAAUUAAAAUUCCAUUCUUUUGCCGUCAACCAUCAUAUGUUCAUAUUCAAUUUAUAAAAUUACCAACUGAAGAAGAAGGUAAACAAAAAUCACGUGAAAUCAGUCGUUUAAAUAUUCAUAAUAAUAGUGAUUUACCAUUUAUUGCUAUGAAUUCUAUUGCUAAAUAUGUAAAAGGUAGUACCAGUUAUCCAGUUAUAGUUGCAGGUUCCAUCUUUAUUGCCACCUUUGCUAUUGGUUAUUAUUAUCUCCAACUUUCCCUUGCUAUACUUAAACAUAUGGUUAAACAGAAAAGUUUCAUUCAUCUUAUUUCCCAAGUACCUAGAUCUUAUUGUAAAAGAGACAAUACAAAUGUUCCACCACAGUUAAUUGGUAUUGCUUUAUUCCCAUAUAGUACUAUGCUUCAUCCUUCUACUGGCAUCUCUCACCAUUUUUUCUACUUUAUAAAUGCAAACUUAUAA